AUGAAGGGGGCUCGCUGGCGCUACACUCGGCUGCCCAGCAAAGUGGAGGACGCGCUCUCUGGGGAGGAGGAUGACGAAGAGGAAGAGAAGGCGGCGGCCCCAGCCCCAGCCCCAGCCCCAGCCCCAGCCCCAACCGCGGAGGAGCCCCAGCUGAUGGAGGCCAGCCAGGUGCUGCGGGCCUCGGAGAUUAGGCAGCUCAGCCUCCACCUCCCCCCGAGGCUCAGGGGGCGCCCCUGGAGUCUCGCCUUCUGCACGUCUCGGGACGGCUUCAGCCUGCGGCGGCUGUACCGGCAGAUGGAGGGCCACGGCGGGCCGGCGCUGCUGGUGCUGAGGGACCAGGACGGGCAGAUGUUCGGCGCCUUCUCCUCCUCGGCCAUCCGGCUCAGCAAGGGCUUCUACGGAACUGGAGAGACCUUCCUCUUCUCCUUCUCCCCGCAGCUGAAGGUCUUCAAGUGGACCGGAAGCAACUCUUUCUUCGUGAAAGGAGACUUGGACUCACUGAUGCUGGGCAGCGGCAGUGGCCACUUCGGGCUGUGGCUGGACGGAGACUUGUAUCACGGUGGGAGCCAGCCCUGCGCGACCUUCAACAACGAGGUGCUGGCCCGGCACGAGCAGUUCUGUGUCACGGAGCUGGAGGCCUGGGCGUUGAGCUGAGGCUCAGGGGGCCGCCUAGGCCCUGCUUACACAGAGCAGCCCACCCGGCGCCUGGUGAGGGCCCUGGCAUUGACUGUGACUGCUGGCCAGCCCCCCCGAUGUCUGGGACCCAAGAAGGGACGGGGCAAGCACUGCUUGGUUGCGGAGGUGACCGCGGAGGAGCGGAAGCUACAAAGUCCCUCGUGAAAAGCAUCCUAGCAGGAGUCCUACAAAUAGUACGUGCUUAUUGUGGGAACCGGAAGGAGCAGAAAUUAAAGCGGCUGAACCACCUUCUCGAACACUAACAUUCGCACGUGUAUCCUGCCAAUUUGUACACACACACGCGCACACACAUGGGGCACACACAUGUGUGUAUUCCCUUAUCUAAACGAGACUCUGGCUUGUGUGCUUUGGAAGUUCUUUUAAUUGAAACAUCAUCCAACCUGCGAAAGCCAGACUCCACCGGCGGGACUAACAGACGCCAGCGGCAUCACCGCCUCCCCGGCCCUGUGGCUGCUCUGCCACCCGCGUGCCAGGUGCUUGCAAAGCCACCGUUUCGUUUCACAGGAUCGGGGAGCAGCGAAUGAGUAACGCGCGUAUCUGGACAGAGACGGAAACCUGUGGAGACGGGGCCCGAGGGCAGGUUGAGAGAGGAGGCGGGUGGACGCUGUGCCGCGGAGUGCCUGGUGUGCGUCCCGGACACCCUGCGCUUCCGAUCCAGCACCCUGCUAACCCAUCUGGGACGUACUGGGAGCAGUCCUGGGGCCCUGCUAUCCACGUGGGAAACCUGGAUGGACCAGACCUGGCUGUUAUGGGAAUUUAGGGAGUGAGCCAGAGGGUGGAAGAUCUCUAUUAGUCUGCCUUUGAAAUAAAUGUCUUAGUUUUUAUUUUAUUUUUUUAAAAAGAGGAUGACCUGUUUUCCGUGCAUCAGCAAUUCUGAAACCUCAGGAAGCCCGCCCCCUGCCGCCAGUGCCAGUCUCUGCAGGGACAGGGGACCCUUCGGGCUGCCUCGCGUCAACACCCUUGCUGCUUGCAGCCCCGGCC